GCAGGGCACCUCAAAUCAAAUCACUCCUCAAAAGCCCAACCAUUGAUUUCACUCCAAGCUACAAAAUCCGUUGGCGGCGGCGGCGGUGGCGGUGGCGGCUAUCACAUCCGGACUCUGACUGUAAUCCUCGCCGGAUAGAGAGGAAGGAUUUUGGUGGUUGGGAAUGGUUUCGUGAUUUGGGGAACAGAAGAUUGAUACAUGAUGUUUUACGAUUGUUUCGGUUCUUGCAUCAAGCAAAUCCUUGCUAGUAUGGGCACAGAAAUUGCCUUGGCUGCUGUGCUAAGUCCCUAUCAAUCAUUGGGGCUGAUGAUGCAUCGAGAAUGAGAGUUCAAGACGACUUCUGGAGCACCAGCACAUAUGACUUGGACAACAGUGCACUUCAAUCUCAGAGAAGCUUCUCAUCUAUCAGCGUACCUAAUAUGAGCCAAAAUCAGUCCAGCGAAAUCGGUGGCAACAAUCAUCCAGAGUUUGUAAACCACGGUCUGCUUUUGUGGAAUCAGACCAGAGCUCAUUGGCGCGGAGGUGAAAAGUCAAGAAGUCAUGGAAAAAUUAAGAAGCCUGUUUUAAGUUGGAAUGCUAGUUAUGAUAACUUGCUACUUAGCACCAGCAAGCGAUUCCCGCAACCAGUUCCUCUCUCUGAAAUGGUUGACUUUCUAGUUGACAUAUGGGACCAAGAAGGGAUGUAUGAUUGAUUGCUAUGCUAUACUAUACUCUGCUGGCCAUGUAUUCCUUCUUCUUAUCCUUAAACUGAAUUUUCAUUAAAAGUUUGGUCUGAAGUGUACAGUUUAAGCAGGGUAGGGUGUGAGAACUAGCACUACCACUAGCCAGCCAGGUUGAUUGAUCGAUAUAUUAACAACACUUACAACAAAAACAAAACACAAGGAGAAGAGGGAGUAAAGGUUGUGGUUGACAUUUCUGUCUUUUGGUUGAUGAUUUAUUACAUCUCAUAAUAUAUUAUUCGAUGGAGGAGUAAUCCAAUGACAUUUAUUAGUAUGGUAUUGUAUGGUAUGAUGCUGAUGCUGAUGCUAAUGUGAGAAAAGUCUUUCAGUUGGUU